ACGCAAAAAUUGUUUACAAAAUGCGCAAUGUAUAAAAUUAAAUAAAUGCGCCAAGCCGACAACGAUGCCAACAGCAGCAACGUCAACAUUAACAGCAAACAAACAAUUUGUAGCAGGGCCCUAAACAUCUACAAUAGCGACAGCGCCUGAUGGCGACAGCGACAAGUGGCGGCAAAAAUAAGAGCAACACCAACAACACGGGCAAGGCAGCAAAGCAAAGCAAAAGAAACUAAAGAGCUUCGGGCACUCAUUGAAUUAAUUUCCAGAAAAACAAAUACAAAUAAAAAGCGCGGUAGGCCACCAAAAAGUAACGCAUUGCCUCCUACCGAGGCCAAAGGCCACGGAGCAACUACAACCAGAAAAAAGGAGAAUUUACUCAAAGGCUGGUCGCCGUCUUUUGUGAAACCAACGGCAUUGCUUGGCAGUCGGCGCUGCGAGUUACUGACGCAUUGACGAACCGACUGCGAGCCUGAAAGUCAGGCUGCCUGGCAGACAAAAGGUGCUUUUUAUUGAUUUUGUAAGUAAGGGAAAACAUUGCGGUCGGAAAAAAAACAAAUACCCAAACGCAACGUGAAUAAUUCUAACUUAAAACAGUAACAACAUUGAAGACAACAGCAAAAACAACAGCGACGACGACGACUACACGAAACGUUUAGAAAAUCCUUUACUUUUGCUUUCACCUCGCUUCAGUGCUCUUCAAUAUAACGCCACGUUCAAUUCAUUGCCUACACACUCAGCACACCCCAAAGGGACAUCAUAAAACACACACACAGAAAAGUUGUUGGUAAAAAUACUUAAGCACACGCAUUAAAUAUGGCAAACGCAUAAAACAAAUAAAAAUAAAUGCCAAAACUGAAGUUAUAGCACAUUGCUCAAAUGUCAAUGGCGGCUGACAUUAUUAACGGCCAUGCAGAGUCAAUUAGAAUAAAGCAGUAGCACCAGCAACAACGAAAACCAAACAAGAAAAAACAAACAAGUAAAUAGUCCCAUUUUGGCAUGCAACGCUCCUUCAACAAUCGCCUGCAUAUUUCAUCAGUGAGCAAACUAAAAGUUAAAAGAACUAAAAUUCAUAAACAAAUUGUGUAAACAGUAGCAACAACAGAAAAAACAGCAACCACAGCAACAACAACAGCAAUUUCAUUGCAUAGAGGAAAAGUGAGAACAAAGAACAACAAGAAAGACUGAUUUUUAUUUUCUAUUGUAUGUGUAUGUUUAGUUAGCUUAUUUUUGCAACUAAUAUGAGAAGCAAGCACACAAAAUCGUCUACAACUACAACAACUAUAGGCGACACGUGUGCACGUAGUGCGCGUUUCAAACGAAACCCUAGCAAAGCCUUCAGAUUCAGUCAAAACAAAGGCAGAGAUAGAGACACAAGCAAUUGUCAAAACAACAACAACUACAGCAAGCAUAAAGGUAAUACCGCACGUCAAGACAAAAUCCAAGCAACGUGCAAACAAAGCCGCAAACGCCACAAGAGUUGCCGUUUCACAAGCAACAACAGCCUCAAAACCAACGAAAACAACAACAAGAGCAGUAGUGGUCGAAAGAUGAGCAGCACCUUUGGCAUCCCUAGCAGGAGGAGCAGCAUGUUUAUAUUCCUUGUUGUGUUGUUUGUGAAUGCCUGUCUAGCGGGCACCAUACCAGCAACGCCAGAGAACAUAACGGUCACAUUUCUAACGCCUACAUCCGUGCGCGUCUCCUGGCAGACAAUGAUCGACCUAAAUGCACAUCCCAUUGAGAAGUAUAUAGUGACAUAUAAACCAACUGAUGACAGGGUUGUACAGGACGUCGCCGGUAACAGUGAGGCCAUUGUCCUAGAUCGCCUCCUACCAAGCACACAAUACUCUCUGGCUGUAACGGCCAUCUGGCUGGGCAAGAAAUAUCGAAGUCGUCAGCAAAUCAUAUUUAAAACAUUAGAUUUGCCGAAGAACAAUUCGCAGCAGGACUUAGCCUCGGGUGGCUAUGGGAACAGUGUGGCUGGGCGUAAUGCCAACACUGGCACUGGUAAUGGCAGCGCAUUCGGCGACGAUGUGACCUCAACGGCCACCAAUACGCUAACGCACAGCACGACGCGUGAACUGCCAACGAUACGUGGUGUCGAGAUUGGCAUAGUCCUGAUUGUGUUAAUGGUGUGGGCUGGCGCCAUUGCGCUCUUCUUCAAUCGCUGGGGAAAAAUCCGAAUGCUAUUGCCCUAUCAGCCGGACUAUAAGCAUGAACAGUUGAAGGUGCCCGGCACAGGGGUGUGCAGCGCCGGUGGCUGCAAUGGUCAGCACUCACAUCAGUUCGACAGCAGUGAAUGUGGCGGCACCUUUGCUCACCCACCGUUGCACUGCAAUAACCGCCACAUCCACAUGUUGGCCGAGGAACACUCCACAUCGAUCUCGGAGCGCUGCACCCGCAGUCGCAUCAACUCUGCCAUUUUUGUGUCGUCGGAGGGCAGGGGAUUCGACUCCAUUGAGUUCCUGCGGCGUCAUGGCUCACAGAGCGUCCUAUGCCGCAAGGCGAAAAGUGCGGAGAAUAUCACCGACAAUGGUCGCAAGAAGAGCUUUUCAGACAAACGCCAAUGGCGUACUGAUGAUGAGUCCGCCAGGAAGCAGAACACCUCACAGGACAGCAACGACAUCGAACUUAAGGAAUGCGGCGGAGCCGGUGGGGAUCUACUCACAUUGCCGGUCCUAAAUGCCCACGCGGUGCACGAUCCAAAGCAACCACCCUCUGCAGUGACCACUCUACUGGCGCGAUCGGCAGCCAUUACCACAGCAAAUGUCAUAGUGGGCAGCAUCUCAUUGGAGGCGCCACCGCCCUACAUGCAGGAUGAUGAUGCGCAAUCGGGUCAUAUGCAUAGUGAGGCCGCUAUUGUAAACGAGCCAUCCCAAGACUCCGCAGAAACAGUCGAGGAGCUUGUGCAGGUAUCAUUGCUACCUAAUGCCAACGCCACCGCUACGAUCACGCCCAGUGCACCCAGUAUCGCCAUUGAGGCCAAACCCCGUGUACUGGUGCACCAGCGGUCCUCGACAGCCUCCUCCUCGCCGCACAGCAGCCCCAAGCAAUUGGGUCUGAAAAUAAUCAAGCCCAAAAUCAGCGCCGUGCCAAUGGUCUCAGUAUCAGGUCCAUCGCCGCCUAUUGAGAAGCCGCCGCUGGCCGAGUGCUUGUAACAAAUGGCUGCCGAAACAUUUAUCUAAGCGUGCGCUCAAGGCAAUUUGACACCAAGUCAAGCCGAAACAUAUUGCAGGAACACGACCGCUCACGCCCACACCUCCGCCAUAGCAUAUCCCCAGACGCACUGAAGAUGGCCCCAUCACCACACUAAACAGCACACCCCCACCCCCCAGAUCGCGUAAUAUGAAACGAGACCUAAGGUGAAUAUAAAUGUUGCCAGCUGCUCAAAUAAGUGUUUCGGUGUAGGUUACCUAAGAAAGGAGAUGAAGAAGGUAAAGGAAGUUAAUGGAAAGCGCAGUUUGUACCGCAGGGCAAUGCUUUUCUAGAAGGCCUUGUCUAUUUAACAACGACUGAACUAUACAUAUGUAUAAGCAUAUGGCUAGUAUAUACACAAGUACUAAAACUUAUAAUGAAUAUACACAUAUAGUGCAUAUGUACUUACAUAAUACAUACUAUACAUACAAAGAAAUUUAUAAAUCAGCUUUAACAACAACAAGUAAACUAUCAGGCUUUAAUAUUAUGAAUUUCUGGUUCAACCUAAAUACAUAUAGUCGAUGUAGACUCACAAGCUGGAAUGGGAAACUUUUUGUGUUUGUCUGCAAUCAAAAUACAUACAAUAUGUAUGUAUGUAUAUACAUACGUGUGUCUAAGAAUUUUGGCACCAUUACUGUAAGUAUUAAUUAAAAUACUAUAUGAGUAUAC